GACUCCCUCUCUAUCUUGCAGCUACAGCUGCUCUCUAGCUCACUCAUUCUCCCCAUUCUUCGUCCUCCCUCCUCCACCCCUCCCCCUCCUUCUUUCAGGAAGCCUGGCUCACCCAGGAAGCGGGGCCGCCAGAGAGCUGAAAGCCCGAGCCUAGGAGCCCGGUCGAGAAUCGGUGUGGACCAGAGCCCCUGUUUGGUACUCCCCUAGUGCAUGUGUACUAGCCCGGUCCCCGUGCAAGAGGGAGCCAGUCUCCACGGAGCAGCGGGAGAGCGGGGAAGGAAGGCAGAGAAGCUCGAGAAAGAAAGCAGUGUUCCAGCCGCCGAGGGUGGAAAGAGCCGCAGCCCGCAGCAGGGGUUUAUGCCUACUCUGACAUGUAUACACUGAAUCAGGACCUUCUGUGCUAGUCAACUUAAGGCAAACACAGACCCUGUUGAAGCCAAGAUCACAGGUGGCGUUUUUCCUCUCUGCAGUCCUACUACAAGCCCUGGAUGCAAGUUCGGCUGCUGGUUAGAGUACAUUAAUUGGAGUAACAACCAUGGACUUUGUUAUGAAGCAAGCCCUUGGGGGGGCCACCAAAGACAUGGGGAAGAUGUUGGGGGGUGAGGAGGAGAAGGACCCAGAUGCCCAGAAAAAGGAGGAGGAGAGGCAGGAGGCCCUACGGCAGCAGGAGGAAGAACGCAAAGCCAAGCAUGCUCGCAUGGAGGCAGAACGGGAAAAGGUCCGGCAGCAAAUUCGAGACAAGUAUGGCCUGAAGAAGAAGGAGGAGAAGGAGGCUGAAGAGAAGGCUGCCCUGGAGCAGCCAUGUGAGGGCAGCCUGACCCGCCCCAAGAAAGCCAUUCCAGCUGGUUGUGGGGAUGAGGAGGAGGAGGAAGAAGAGAGCAUCCUGGACACCGUUCUCAAGUACCUACCUGGGCCUCUCCAGGACAUGUUCAAGAAGUAACCCUGGCCCAACUCCAUCCCAUUCUCAACAGUCCCAUUUUUUGUUUUUAAUUUAUUUUUUUCCACUUUCCAUUCAGUAUGAAUUUUGAAGGGCAAACCUCAUUUGGUCUCAUCCCCCCCACCACCUCCACCCCUCACAUGAACUGUGGGACCCAAGCCCCUCAUCUUUGGCCGGAAACUCCCAGGGCUCCCUCCCUGUUCAGUACUGUCCCCUGACCCCACAGUGUCCUAGGCCUCUUGAGGAGCCCGAGGGAAAGAAGGCUGCUGGCCUGGGCUGAGGGCCAGAAACUAGGACCAAACCAUUGAUGACCUCAGGAGAGGCCCGGGAUGUGCUGAAGUGGGAGGAAAGGCCUGACCACUGAGUCCCACAUGCACACACUCUUCCCGAACCUCUUCCCACCAGGAACAUUCCUCAUGCCUUGAGCAUGAUUUCCACUGCCAGAGGGGGGAGAAAGGAUCAGGCCAGUGGGCCCUAGGGGAAGGAGUCAGAGGAGAGGGUCAGGUUGCCUAUUCUUUCUCCUCUACUCCCCUAGAGAUCACUGAGCUCUAAGCUCUGUCCCCCAACCCCAAUGGGUCAAAACACCCAACACAUUCCAGCCCUGCCCAACAUAGCCCAAGGAUGAGGGGGCAAGGGCCAGUGCUGGACCCUUCAUUAGGGAGUCUAUCAGCCAAUCCCAGAGAAAAGUGGAGCAGAUCUCUGUUCUCUUCAUAUCUCCCUAGGCCUCCUCAAUCUCACUUCAAUUCCAGGGACUCAGCCCACCAUGGUAAGAACAGCCCUUCCCAGCCUAGUCCCUCCCUGUUCCUGGCUAGACCUGGGAGUUGUAAGGAAGAUCAAUUGACUGUGGGAGGUAUCAUUAGAGUCUCUUAGUCCCCAGCCCUGGCCUUGUUCUCCUUUCAUCAAUGACCUGAAUAGGCCCCGAAGUAUAGAGAGGGUCAGAGAAAGGCCUGUGCCCUAACAAAAGGAGUAUUCUGGAGUUUUGAGGGGCCACUGGGUAGAGAUAGGGCAGGGCACUACCAGGAAGGUUACUGCCAUUGAUAUGGCAGCCUGGCCUUUCCCCUGUCAGUGGAGCAGAUCCUUCCCAUAGGGCAAUAAAAGGUUGUCCAUAUGACACCACUGUACCCUAAGAAGUUUCAACCCUCCACUCACAUCUUUGUGGCCACUGUGGAGCCUAAUCUAUAAAAGAGGUAGCUUGACCCCUUCUGUCCUGAAAAGGCAUGCUGGCCCCUCCCACCCCCAGCCUGCAGGCCUCUCCCUAAUAGGGUAGCCCCAUCCAAACACACACCAACAGCUGGAGCCAUCGAGCAGCAUCAGUCCUCAACCAGAGAACACCUAGUGGAGAGGACAUGCUGCUCCCCUCCCCAAUCCCCAGCCCAUCCAGGCGCUUCCAAGAUCCCGAGUGGACGACAUGUUCAGGAGGUUCCACUGGCCCCCAGGAGGGCUCCCCAUAAGCAGGGCUCAGGCUGAGGUACUGAAGGCAGGCUCAGCUACAGUUUAGCCCUGAUCCCAUGGGAGAAGACAGCCUCAGCUGAGCUGCUGCCCUCUCAUUCUGGCUGAGGAUCUGUCUGCCCAUAUGCUAAGCCCCAAAGCAGGCAUCUGUCCUUCCAUCUAUUGGUCUGUCUUGUGGCCAGGAAAAAAUUCUCCUCUUAGAUGUGCCAAGGAAAGCCCUACCCACCCCCCAACUCAAGCCUACCCUACCCUACCCUCCUAUACCCAGUACUCUGCCUCACCACCAUUCUGAGAAUUCCUGGGCCAGGGAGGAUUGUGAACGUGAAAGUAUGUAUGAAUGUGGGUGGAAUGGGAGAGGUGGUGGCAGAGUGGGUAUGUCUAUAGUUGGGAUGGUGUGAAUAUAUGUGUUAUAAAUAUGCAUGUGUGUAUGGAUGUGUCAAAGAUUGUAUGUGUAUCUUUUAGAGACUAUUCUUGUAUGUGUGUGUAUUAGAGACUGUGUUAGAGACUACAAGAAUGCUAGGGAUUCAAAUAUGUAUGUGUAGAGAUUGUGUGGGUGUGUGUUUUAGAAAGAGUGUAUGUGUGCUAGAGAUUGUGAAUCUAUAUCAUAGAUCAUCUAUAUUAGAGAGGGUGUGUGUAUGUGUGUGUUAGAGAUUAUGUGUUAAAAAUGGCAUGUGUUAGAGAAUGUUUAUGUGUAUCAGGAUGGGUGUUAUUACAGGGGUAUGUCUGCACCUCUGUGUGUGUGUGUGUGUGUGUGUGUAUGUGUGUGUGUAUGAAAAUGCAUGUAUAACACUGUGGAGGCUGGCUGGAUGACUGAGAAUGGUAGCAGGGCCUGGGAAAUACCUUUUCUUCUCCCUUUGACCAGUCAAGCCCUACCCAUCACCACUCCUGGUACAGAUGUGAGAGGAGAAAUUUUUCCUACAGGUCCAAGACCUUCCCUUUUCCCCUGGGCUCCCUGAGCCAAGCCUUUGCCACCCUCCUCCCUCACUGGACGUGAUGGGGAGAACACUGUUUGGGUCCUGGGAAGCACUUGGUAGCUCAGACUGGUCUGGGUGGCCAUGGGAGGAACAGGACUGCCCUUUGCCCUAUAACAGAGAAGCCAUGCUAGAUAUGGGGUGGAAGAGGGAGAUGCCUCAAAGAGGGUUGCUAUGCCCGCCCCUCGCCGCCCCACCACCACCACCACCACCACUUUUCACCAUCACCCCAGUUUGCAUACCGGGGUGUUUCAUUUUAGAGAAUUUUUCCUUUAAUUUCAAAAGAGAAAGCAGCUCACGUCGUGUCUUCUCUGUCCGUUUCCAAUAGUUAAAGCCAUAUCAGUUAGACUGCAAUACUUUAAAGAUGAGGGGAAAAAAACCAUAGAUUUAAGAAAACCAGAAAGGGAGUUUUGUUCAUCCCCUCUGUCCUGGGGUGAUCUGUUUCUCCAGCCCCCAGGUCUUCCCUUCCUCCCAACUCCCAACUCCUUCCCCUGCCUCUUUGUGCCCUAGUCUCUGGCCCCCAGGGUCAUGUAUUUGUGAGUGUGUCCAUGUAUGUCUCAGUAAUGGGGGAAACUUAACCCCCUCAACUGCUGUAUCACCCCAUUGUUGUCUCUGCUUGUCCAUGGUUACUGGAGUAAGACGGUCACCCUGCAAGGUCUUGUGGAGCCAGAAGUGAGGGGUAAGCUGGGGCUAAGAGGGUGCUGAGCAGAAAGGGAUUAGUCCCUGAGCCAUUCGCCUCUCUUGUGAGAAUGUUAGUGGUUCUUGUCAUUUGUCACCAUCACACGCUCCAGGGAGCAAUACCAGAGGUUCCUCUGAUUUCUGGGGACCAACUCCAAUGUGUGUAUCUUCAGGAAAAGAAAGAGGUCUGGUAAUUCUCAGCCAAACACAGGGUCUGCAGACAUGCAAGGGGAUGCCCAGUUGCAUGUACAAAGAGAAUCCCAGUCACACAAAGAGUCUACUGACAUAUAAGGGGAUUCCCAAGAGUACAAAUGGGUUUGAAAUCAGGAAAAAAAAACUUUAAUAGAAAAAGAAAAGGUCUGCAAACAUAUGUAAAGAAUUUCUGGGUGUAGAAAGAGUAAUAUACCUGCUUAGUGGAAGGGAUCCCUGGGACCUUCUGCUGCCUAGGGCCUGCUACUUUGGAGAAGCCUUCCCAAAGUACUCCCCUCCUCUCCCCCAAGGCACAGAACUGCUACUACUGCUGUUGCCACAAGCCAAGUAGAGGUGAGCUCUUGAGGGUAGCUAGUUCUCCACUAAGACCUUUCCACGUACAUACCAGACCUCCUACAAGUUCAGGACUUAACCACUAGCUGCCCUGGGAGGCCCCACCACCCCCAAGGUGCUGGCUUCCUUGGGGACCACUCCUAAGAAACAGGAGAAAGGGGGAAGAUACACCCCAAGAGACUGUUUCUAGAGAGCCUAAGAACUGUAACUCUAAGUUAAGCUUUGCCCAAUCCAGGCAUCUCCGGUGGGCAGGUCAAGAAGGGAUCUGAGGAUGAUGUAAUGUGUGCAUGGCACAUAGGCCAUUGGCACAUGACUUAAGAAAUGUGAUUGAUAUAUGUGUAUGGCACCUAUGCUGACUACAUAGUUGAUUAUAAGACACUACCUAGACAAGGCAUGUGUAUGUGUGAUACACUGGAAGGGGGAGGGGGUGAUAUAUGGAGCACAAUCUGAGAGGUUAUGUGUGUUUACAUUCAGUGCAUGGACUGGGGGAUUGAUGUGUGUGUGUGUGUGUUUGAGAGAGAGAGAGAGAAAUGCCCAGGCUAGCAGUGGAGUGGGGCAUGGGGGGCAGGGGGUGGGGAUAGUUAGUGCAUAGUGCAUAGCAUGCUGGGGGGAGGGACUAGCUUAAGACAAACCGAUUCUAGCUUCCCUGCCCAGAUAAGCAAGGAGAUAGAAUCUACUGACAGGGCAUAGCGUAGGUAAAUGGGAAAAGAGAAUAUGUGCUGCCAUCCAAGGAAAUCUGUUGGCAUUUGAUAAUAGAGAAUGUGACGUAUGCAGGAUCCCCACCUGGGAAAACUCAUUGGUGAUUCAGGAAACCAAGUGCAUGUAGCAGAAGGGAAGGUAUAGCUAGCAUGUGUGCAUGAAGUGAAUGUGUUCAGAGCAGUGCAAAGGCAGAGUUUGAGAGAAAGCCCUCUCCCACCCUCCCUCCCUGGCCAAGAACAGUCAGCUAGGAAGGAGAAAUAAAGGCCAGCUUUGCUCCAGACCCCCAGACCUCCCAUUUGGGUUCUUAUCUGAAAGGCUGGUGAAUGCCAUAUCUCAAACCUGGGGUAUCUGACAGAUCCGGAAGAAUGCAGGACCCCAAUGCCAUAUUUCUUUAGGCAAUAAGUCUGCCCUUGGCAGCCUGGUUCCUGGGAUCCACACAGAGAGAUAAGAGACCGAAGAGCCAGGCUGAUAGCCACACCCUGCCCUUAAUCCAAGGUAUAGACUCACUUCUCUAGGAGUAAGUCACUUGUGAGUGGCUCUGGCUCCAGGAACCUGGGAAGAGGAAGGAUCUCAGGAGAUAGUUUUAAAAGCAGGGAGUAGCCUCCCUAUUCAUUGGAUCCAUCUGGAAGCUGGGGGCAGGACCCUAUCCCCCCAUUUCUGGACCCUCUACCUCCACCUUCCCCAGAGACCCCUUAACCCCGGUCCCAGGGUGAAGAAGUGUGUGAUAGGGAGGCCUCGGGCCAGGCUGAGUGACCAUCUUGCUUUCCAUCAACCUCAGAGACAAUCCAAUCCCCAACCCUCUUGUGUGUAAUUGUGUCCUUGUGGCCCCGCAUCCCCUGAAUGUGUCAGUGCCUGGGGGGAGGGGGGCUCUCUCCCACCCCCUUGAAUCUGACCUAAAGCCAUGGCUGCCGCUCCCCCCAACCCCAAUCCCAACUUUGUAUGACGCAAAAAGCUAACUACGGAUGUACAAAAUCAACUGCGACCAAGAAAAGACAUUGUACAGCUCUCCA